AUGAAACGUCAUAAGGACAUCUCUCUUCGUGAACCUCAGGCAACAUCAUUGGCUAGAGCAAAAGGAUUUUCUAAAGAAAACGUCAAUGAAUUCUUUAAAAUCUUGAAAACAACUGCUGAUGAAAAUAAUAUUGAUCCUACUACUCUUUUCAACGUUGACGAGACAGGCGUAAGUUCUGUUCUAAAUAAAUGUCAGAAGGUGGUAGCUGAAAAGGGGAAGCGUGCUGUGGGUACAAUAUCUAGUGCAGAAAGAGGAGUCAAUACAACUGUUGUGUGCUGUUCAAGUGCAGCAGGGAUGUAUGUUCCACCCCUUAUUAUUUUCAAAAGAAUGAGAAUGUGUGACGAUUUGAAGGUAGGAGCUCCACCUGGAAGUGUGGUUGAUAUAUCAGAGAAUGGAUGGAUAAACUCUGAGUUGAUUGUUAAGUGGCUUCGUCACUUCAUUGCCACUGUAAAGCCAAGCAAAGAGAGAAAAGUUCUUCUCCUUCUUGAUGGCCACACGACACAUUCUAAGAACUUAGAGGCACUGGAAAUCGCUCGAGAUGCUGGAGUCAUUAUGAUUCAGUUACCAGGACACACAACACACCGGCUACAGCCAUUAGACAGGUCCUUCUUCAAACCAUUUAAGGGCUACUUCAUUCAAGCCGUAGAUAAAUGGUUGCGAACAAACCCUGGCUUAAGAGUCACUCAAUACCAGAUCUCACAGUUAUUGAAAGAAGCAUAUUGUAAGGCUGCGACAAUUGAGAAUUCUUGCAAUGGAUUCAAAUGUAGUGGUGUGUGGCCCAUUGACCCGUCCAUCUUCACUGAGUCAGACUUUUUGCCAGCAGAAUGCCUCAACUCAACUUUGGAUCAAAAUAAAAAUAAAGAUGAAUAUUCAGAUCAAGGGCAAACUUCCUUGGAUGAGAAUAAGCUCCUUAAUGUUGAAGUAACCACGCCGACAGGCUCAACUGGAAAAUUUAAUGAUUCUAUUGAAACAAUUUCUCCGCUUCCUAAACCAACAAAAAUGAGAAGUGGGUCUACUGCAAAAAUACAAAAAGCUGCUAUAUUGACCAGUAGCCCCUACAAAAAUCAAAUUCAACUAGCUCAGGAGCUUAAACUGGCAAAGGAAAAGGUCAAGGAGCUACAGAUGAAGAUUGGGCCUUUGUCUAAAAAGAUGAAAGCAACUAAAUCCAGUCAAGAGUUUUCAGGCAUGUCUUGUAACGCAUAA